CAACCCGGCUGUACAUAGACCAGAAGAAGUCCGUCGACGCUGGUUCCGCACGUUGCUAGUUAGUUGCAAUGUUGUAGCUAUUAGCACGAUAACUGUCCGGGAGUGAGAGCUGCCGUUAACUCGGUGUUAUCGUGUUUGCACUCGGAAACCGAGUCCCGGUCAUUCGGAGUGGUUCUGUCAGCGUGCUGUCCGUCGAUCGAGUCGGCUAGCUCAUCGUUAGCUUGGAUGGCGAUGAGACAGACUCCGCUGACCUGCUCCGGUCAUACCCGGCCCGUGGUCGACCUGGCCUUCAGUGGCAUCACUCCUUACGGAUACUUCCUCAUCAGUGCCUGCAAAGAUGGCAAGCCCAUGUUGCGCCACGGAGACACAGGGGACUGGAUUGGAACGUUUCUGGGUCACAAAGGUGCUGUCUGGGGAGCCACUCUGAAUACAGACGCCACGAAGGCCGCCACUGCUGCAGCCGACUUCACAGCUAAAGUGUGGGAUUCGGUCAGUGGAGACGAGGUCCUCACGCUGGCACACAAACACAUCGUCAGGACCGUGAGCUUCACUCAGGACAGCGAGUGUCUGCUGACGGGAGGAAAUGACAAACUGCUGCGUAUCUACGACCUGAGCAGCCCCGAAGCAGCUCUUCAGGAGAUUGCAGGUCACACUUCGGCCAUCAAGAAGGCUUUGUGGUGUAAUAACGACAGGCAGAUUCUGUCUGCUGCAGAGGACAAAACCAUACGGCUGUGGGACCGGAGCUCCUUGGAGGAGGUGAAGACGCUGACCUUUGACCUGUCCGUGAGCAGCAUGGAGUAUGUAGCUGAUGGAGAGAUUCUUGUCAUCACGUAUGGAAAAACCAUCGCUUUCUACAACGCUCUGACCCUGGACCUGAUUAAGACUGUGGAGGCUCCAGCUCCCAUUAACUCAGCCUCUCUGCACCCAGACAAAGAGUUCUUUGUUGCGGGUGGUGAAGACUUCAAGCUCUACAAAUUUGACUUCAGCACCAAAGAAGAACUGGAGUCCUAUAAAGGACACUUUGGUCCGGUCCAUUGUGUUCGCUUCAGCCCUGAUGGUGAGCUGUAUGCAAGCGGCUCAGAGGACGGCACGCUCCGCCUGUGGCAGACCGCGGUGGGGAAAACCUACGGACUAUGGAAAUGUGUCCUACCUGAGGAUCUGGGGGCGGAGAAUUCUGAGCAGUUACCAGCUGCAGCUCCUGAGAUCAAAGCCUGAGGCGAGUCUGCGCCGACGGGGGAUGAGGAGCGUUUCGUUCAGGAAGUGAAAAUUAACGUCCGUCGUAGACCAAACCAUCUCACAGUGACUCGGGCGGUUCCGAGCGAUUUGGGCCGUCCCGCGGACAGGUCGGGUUUGUAGAAUAAAGCAGUAGAGCUGUGAUGACGGCGAUGCUGGAGUCACGGCUGCCUGCUUCCGCUCUGACAUGCCCACUUCUGUCCGCUAAAUGCUUUCAUUAACGAGCGCGGAGACACCGCGCCGCGUCAUUGCUUUGUGCCACAGUGUGAGAAAAUCUUACUUUGUGAUUAGAAAGUCUGUUGUCUUCAGUUGUGGUUAGGUUUCCAGAUGCUGAUUGGUUUUUUUGGUAUUUUUCUUUGCUGUUGUCGCCUGUAAUCAGAAUAAACAGACUGACGGGCUCAUUUUAUUUUGGAAA